AUUCCGGCCCACUUACCAUCCAAGCUUACAGAUUGUCAAGAACAUAACAAUGGCCGAGGUCGCAAGUCAUGCGAAUGCCGACAUGCUCAACGAACUCCUCAUAGCCAAGCUUCUCGAAGAGGACAUGCUAGCUCUGGAAAACGCGCGUGCGGCGGAAGAGUUACAGCUCCACGAAGCACUAAGCACCUCUGCUCUAGCCGCGGGACGCUUUCCAAAGAAAGCGAAAAGUAGUGGCGCUGGCGCAGUAGGCACGAUCGACGACGAUUUCGUUCUGACUGUCCUGGCAGCGGAGAUCAACGCGAACAAGGACGCGCUGAUGGCCCAGUCCUUGCAGCAUGCGCAGGAUAGCAACAUGGUCGCUAGUCGCCAAUAUGCACAGAAGCUCGCCGCCGCAGAGAAGAAGAGUCUUUUAGACGCGGAGUUCGCGAGACGUCUGCAGCUGCAACUAGACGAGGGAGAUGAUGAUGAUGAUGAAAUGAACGACCUGGACGCGGAGAGUGUUCUUGGCCAGGAUGCCAUUGAGAACAUCAUGGCGGCGGAUAUGAACGAGAAAGGCAAGGGGAGGGUGGCACAGUUGAAGCCCAAAGAGAAAGGUUCUAUCCCCGACUCCUAUGGUCGCGGAUUGGUGUUCAGAAAGGAGGAGGGCUCCACAAAGCUUAAUCCUGUCUGCGGCAUCUGCAUGGAGCCUUUCCAAGCGACGUAUUCCCCUUCUGCUGCUGCCAGAUCAGCAAAUUCCUCAGAUCGCAUACAGUUCGGAACACACCUCACAUGCCCGCAGUCUCACGGAUACUGCAUCUCUUGUCUCAACAACUACAUCAAUAGCAAGCUUGAUCCAGACGGGUCUGGGUUAGGCAACACCAAUUCCAUCGUAUUCCCUAUUAGGUGCCCCGAAUGCCCUAUAAACGACUGGCCAGACGGCCUCACGGACGAAGUCGCCCAAAGAGUGCUGACGGAAGAGGGAAUGACGCUCUGGCAUCGCCAGAAGCUUUUGGAUAGCAUCCCCAAGUACUACUGUCCCAAUCCAAAGUGUUCCGAACUCGUUCAGACGGAUGAAGAUUCCGAAGAUCCCCAAGCUAUGUGCCCUUCUUGCGAUUCCGUCAUCUGUGUACCUUGCCGAGUGAUUUGGCAUGACGGACUGACUUGCGACGAGUACCAAGAUCUACCUUUGGAUGAGCGAUCUCCGGACGAUCAAAAGGCUCUUCAACUGAUGAAGGCCCAGAAUUGGCGAAGGUGUCCUAAUUGUGCGAUCAUCGUCGAGCUAACCUUGGGAUGCAACCACAUCACCUGCCGUUGCAAGACUGAGUUUUGCUUCAGAUGUGGAGCGAUUUGGGAUGUCCGCAAGGGCUCAUGUUCGCGUAGGCCAUCUUGCGAUCUCUGGGAUGAGGACAUGCUUCUCGAGGAGCGCGAACGUCAGCGAGAACGCGAACAAGGAAGGCGUAACCGAGGCCGAGCCCCCGUGGUGGUCGUAGCGCCGCCUGCUCCCCCGCCACUAUACGAACACCAUAUUGGCUAUGCGGUCGCCGAACACAAUGAUGACUACGUCCAGAACUUGGACUGGAUGGACAAUCCCGAUAUCCUCUGCACUCGCCACUGGUUCACGGCGAACAUGAUCAACUCUCUCACUUGCCAGUAUUGCGACGCGAAGCUCAACUCCAUAGCUGAUUUGCGUUAUCAUCUAAGUCAUGUCCGCUGGCACUCCGUAUAUGCCUGCUGUGGGCGGUUCUUCAAGCGCGACGUCGACUUUGAGCGGCAUUUGGACUCGCCUCACACUAGGCUUGGGUUGCAUGCGUACACUUUCCGGCGGAACUAGAGGAAGGGUAGCUAGGUCCCUUUUCUCAUUACAAUUGUGAAUCUGGGUUCUUGGAUACAGAGCGCACCGGUAUUCACGUGCAAGGAUAAUCUCUGGAGCAAUGUGAUGUGAUUACGAUGCUUGAGCGUGUGCGUGUCUAUGAUUAAAGCAAGGUGUGCGAUGCGAUACAUGCGGAUAGCAGUACUAUUAGCCCGAUCAUAGCAUAGUGAUAUAAUGUAGAGCACGCCGGCUCCCCAGCCGGGCGGCCUAGCAAACCACCCAGUUUGAGGACUCAUCUAACCGUGUGACCCCGAUGCUCACUCUGAGGCAACGCGGCCACGACCUAUCCAGUGAGGCUGUCUGUUGCCCCUGGACUCUCUGUCCUCCGCCGACCAACUAUCCCCUCUCGACCCUCUGUCCUGCCUUGACCCUCUGUCAUCCCUCCACCUGUUGUUCUCCCUCGGACCUCUGUCAUCUCGAGACCCCCGUCUCUCCCGCCUGCCACCGCUGAUAUCGUUCUUCCAGUCAUAGGACCGCGAAUCGGUGCGCUUGAACUCUCCGGGGUCCCUCCGCUCUUUCAGACCGAAAGGCUUUCUCGAAGACGCACCGCCCCUCGAAUGCUGCCGGACAGGUCCACGCUCGCGCCACUCGCGAGGUAUGCGCAAGGCGACAUGCGAGCCAGUAAGCGCGUCGGCCCAUGCUUGAACUCCAGCGAGGGUCGGGCUCUUGUUGGUGCGGCAGUAAUCCGAAUUGGACGAGUAGAAGGCGAGCAUGGUCAUCAUCGCGUCGGUGACGUCCUCCGUGUUGAUGUCCGCCUGGAGGCCGUGCACACUUUCUUCGAUGGCCGCAAGGCGGUCGCUGACGCCGUUCGGGAAGCCCUGCCUGGAGGUACGCGCCGGGAAACGGUUGCGAGAGGUGGUCCUCGCGGCAUCGGGGAAGACCGCGCUUGGGUCCUCCUCGUACUUCUUGACGAGCUCGUCCACCCGCGCGCUAAGCUCCUUGGUUGUGAUUUCCUUCAUUGGUACGCCAGCUAGCUCUGUUUCGAGGAAGCCAGCUUCAUGGGGAAGGAGAACUAUGUCGGCGCGACCGGACAUGUUCGAGCCGCGACCCGUACGACCGACACGGUGUACGUAGAUAUCGCCGCUAGAAGGAAUACUAACCUGGAUGACGCGCGUGACCCCCGGGUAAUCGACGCCACGAGCGGAGACGUCAGAAGUCAACAUGACGGUGGACCCCGAGUUAUCGACCCUGAACCAGUCCGACGUCUUGACGCGCCUGUCCAUAGUCUUCUUCGCGUGCAUUUCAGCGAAACGCGUCUGUGGUCCGGCGGGUAAGACGGAUGGGCCGAUUUGCGUCAUGAUCGUGCUGUAGAGUUGGACCAAGCGUGUCGUUGGCAAGAAGACGAGCACCUUAGACUUGCCGGGGUUCGCCAGCUGGUCCUCAGCGAUGAGGCGAAGGACGUGCGGGAGCUGCUCUUCGGCCUUCGGGACCACCGUGUAGUACUGGGGGAUCGCAUGGUGGGUUGGUGGGGCGUCGUCCGGUACACAGUUGAUAAAACGGUGCUUCUCCGAGAGGGAGUUGCGAGCAACUUUACGGAUUGCGUCGGACAUAGUUGCAGAGAACAUAAAUGUCUGACGCUCCGGCGAAGGCUUGAGAUGCUCCGCGAUGGCCGUAAUUUCAGGAAUGAACCCCAUCUCGAGCAGGGUAUCGGCCUCGUCGAGGAUGAACAUCUCCGUCGUUCGUAGAGCAUCCGCGAAACCACGUUCGGUCUCGAUGAAGUCACGGAGGCGACCAGGAGUGGCCACGACGAGGUCCCGCCGUCCCUCCCAUCCGCGCCUCUGCUUGUCCUUGGAGAGACCGCCAGUGAAGAGCUUGACCUCGAAGCCCUUCAUAUGCUUUGUGAGCUUGAUAGCCUCGUUGGCAAUCUGGGUCGCCAACUCGCGCGUAGGGCUGAUGAUGAGAGCGCCGACGUGGCGCCUUGCGUACUCGUCGACGAUACGGUUGUUGACCGUUGUGCUCUUUUUCAUGUAUGCCUGCUCAGCCUGCUUCGCGUGUGCCUCGAGAGCGUUCAGCCGAGCCUCAACCGCCGGUACCAAGAAUGCCAAAGUUUUGCCAGUGCCCGUGCGCGCCUUAACCAUAAGGUCGCGAGGAGGCGCGUCUGUCUCGUCGGGAUUGUACGGUCGCACGAGGUCAGGGAGCAGAGGAAGGACGGCGGCUUGGACUGAACUCAUGUGAACCAGAUUGAACGGAUCCCCUGUGAGUGCCUGGAGCGUUUUCGAGUGAAUGGCGUCCUUCAAAGCGAUGAACUUGGGCUGGUCAGCAUUUGGAGUAGGCCGGGUCUCCGCUGCGAUACCUGUGGGUUCCGAGACUUCGUGGGGGUGCUCCUGGGAUGGAAGCGCAUUACGUAUGGGAGGUUUGAUAUGGCUAGAAUACCGGAUGGCAGAAAGGCGUCCUGCGCGCAGUGCGUGCAACCCCAAGGUGCUUGCUGAGCUCCGACAUGACCCCGCUGCUGCAAACAGACCGAUACCGAGAGAUUUUGACCAGAGGGAUGCCGCCAUGUUGAUGGACGCGAAGUC